AUGUCUUUCGACCAAUGGAAAAAAGGCAGAGCCGGUCGUUAUGACGAUGAUAGUGACAGCGAUGACGAACGAGGAGCCCGGGGUUUUGCCAGAUCGCCAUAUCAGCGGUCCAAUGAAUAUGAUUGUUACGGAAGGGAGAUUGACUCUGAGAGACUGUCAUACGAUCGACGGUAUGCUGAUUCACGUGAAGCACGUGGAGCUAGACAAGAUGGCUACCAAUAUAAACCCGCAGAGCAUCGAAUUGGUUCAGCAAUGUCAGUUAAAAAAAUACCACUUCCAGGUUUAAAUGCCGGUUUAGGGAAUUUGGCCAUCAAUGAUGAUACGCCGCUUAGUCGCAGAGAAAUGAAGAAUGGAAAGCCAAAAGCAAGACCAAGUGCUAAGCAAAUGGAAUCUAAACUAGUUGCAUUUCCUGCGAAAUCUGCAAAACAGAGGAUGUCGUCUGCGCAGAGAGUACCUGCAGGAAGUUCAAAUAACAGACUGCUUGUUGCUGCGAUUGAUUUUGGGACAACUUACUCCGGAUAUGCAUUCUCAUUUCGGCACGAAUAUGACACCAACCCCUCUAAAAUGCACGCAAAUGAGUGGCGGAACGUUGCACAAGGAAAUAUGAAUGCCAAAACUCCGACAUGCUUACUCCUACAACCUGACAUGAAACUGCAUUCAUUCGGAAACGAGGCUAAAACAAAAUACGCGUCACUUUGUGAAGAAAACGCACACAGAACCUGGUUUUUCUUUUGGGAGUUCAAAAUGACACUACAUCACGAGAAGGAAAUAACACAGAACUAUCAACUGAAAGAUAUAAACGGCAAACUCUUGGAUGCAUUGACUGUAUUUAGCCUUUCCAUCAGAGCUCUGAAAGACCACUUGAUGACGGUACUUCAAAACGGGUACGCUGGCGUUCGAACUAAUGACGUCACCUGGGUUAUCACCGUCCCAGCUAUUUGGAAUGAUUCGGCCAAGAAAUUCAUGCGUCUCGCCGCUGAAAAGGCUGGGUUGGAUAAGAACAACAUUGAGAUAGCAUUGGAACCGGAAGCUGCCUCUAUAUUCUGCAAAUUGCUACCAAUAACACGUGACCCGGAGACAGAGACCGGAAUGACUAUUUUUCCACCAGGGGCACGUUAUAUGAUUCUCGACUGUGGAGGUGGUACAGUUGAUAUCACAGUUCACGAAGUGCUCGAGGACAACACUCUGAAAGAACUUCACAAGGCCACAGGAGGCAACUGGGGAGGGACAGUUGUCAAUAAAUCAUUCCUGAACUUUAUUUCAAAUCUGGUAGGACCGGGUGUAUUUAAUGAUUUCUCAAAGACCCACAAGUCCGGAUAUCUCGAACUGCUGGAAGAGUUCGAGAAUAAGAAGAGAAUGACAGCGGCUGAUUCAACAGAAAGAGUGACAAUACGUAUACCAAUCGGACUGCAGGAAAUGCUUCAAAACGAAAAAGUAAAGCAAAAAUUGCAGCAAGGAAAGUACGCGAAUAAAGUCGAUAUUUAUGGCGACAAACUAAGAAUGGACGCAGCUUUAUUCAGAGAAUUUUUCCAACAAGCGGUAGACGAUAUUAUUAAACACACGCAUGAUCUGAUGGAAUCUCUACCAAGGCCAGUGAAAGCUAUUCUUAUGGUCGGGGGGUUUUCGGAAUCCCCAGUAUUACAAAAAGCUGUAAAAGAAGCGUUCGGUCAUAUGGUCAAGGUCAUUGUCCCGAUUGAAGCUAGUUUAUGCGUUAUGAAAGGAGCUGUGCUGUACGGUCACCGUCCAUCGAGCAUUUCUGCAAGAAAAAGCCGCUAUACGUAUGGAGUUGCAAUGACAGUUCCAUAUAUAAAGGGAACGCAUCCAAGCAAUAGAAAAUAUGAAGACGACGGGAAGAAGUGGUGCGAUGGAGCUUUUGACAAACAUGUAGAAAUUGGACAAACAGUGACGCCAGGGGAAGUACAAGCUACCAGAACAUACUAUCCUAUGUCGACAUCAGACAAGUUCCUCCCUGUGAUUUUAUAUAGAUCCUCAGCUGCCAAUCCAAUGUUUGUUGACGAAAGAUCUUGUGACUUCGUUGGGUUUUAUUUUGUAAAAAGACAACCAGGUGUAGGGGAGACGACGAAGCAGGAUGCAGUUAGAGUAAGACUGGUGUUUGGUAACUCUGAUAUAAGAGUUGAAGCUAUCAAGUCUGACGGAAUCGUACAUACAGCUGAUUUCAGAAUCGAGUAAUGCCAUGACAAGGCGGUGUUAACUGUAUUCUGUAUUGUGACAACUGUUAUAGAAAUAUUUGCUGUUAUUCAAUAACGUACGACAAAACUUAUGAAUAUAAACAUAUUAAUUCCAUGAUAA